CCGGUACAGACAUGACACUCCACCAUGAAGCUCCUGGUCGUGUUCUCGCUGUUCUUAGUCUCUGCAUCUGCUGCUCCUCAGGGCUACAACAUACCUCGUCCCACUGGCCCAGGAUUUCCUGCAGGGGGCUGCCCAGGCGGCCAAGUCCUUCAUGUGGACGGCAGCUGCGUUUCCCCACGGGUGAAUCGUCAGCUGUUUGUUUACAGUUCACCUCAAGUGCCCCAGUCAUUUGGUCCACCACCAGUGAUUCCUCCACCCACAGUGGAUGAAAACAUUGUCUUCAUCCGCACUCCUGAACAAGGUCCAGGUCUUGAUCCUAUCGUCUUGCCGCCGCCCAGGCAGAAAAACGUCUUGUACGUCCUCAACAAACAGACUCAACAAAGCCAGAAAGUCAUCGAGGUUCCUGCACAGCCACCCACGAGUCCAGAUGUGUUCUUCAUCAACUAUGAAGAGGGAGACAACCCGACCCUGCCUGGCGGUAUUGACUUCCAGACUGCCCUCGAGUCGGCAGUCCAAAAUGAAGGUCAGCUCAUCGGUGGCGCUGGAGGUGGCGUUGGAUUCGGCUCCGGAGGUGGCGUUGGAUUUGGCUCCGGAGGUGGUGCUGGAUUCGGCUCCGAAGGUGGCGCUGGAUUCGGCUCCGGAGGUGGCGCUGGAUUCGGCUCCGGAGGUGGCGCUGGAUUCGGCUCCGGAGGUGGCGCUGGUGGAGUCAACGGUCUCAUAGGAGGAAGUGGAGGUGGUUAUAGAGGCAACGUUGGAGGUGUUAGGUCUGGUGGUGGAAGAACUGGUGGUGGUUACCGUCCUCCCUCCAACACACUAUACACCAGGCCUUAGACGAGAGCCACCUACUUUAUGACUCGACUUAACUCGCAAUGUACCUGUUAAUACACAUCAUCGCUACAUGAUCUAGUCUACAACAUAACUCCUAUCAAUAUUAUAGCUCAAUUGCCAAACAUUUCCACUAUUAUUCGAGGUUUAUUACUUUCAGGUGUUUAAUUAACUCAUGAAAUGCAAUAAAAAUAGGAUAAUUCUAAAGACUAACAAACAAUGUACCAAUUUUUUACAGUGAUUUUUUCGGUCCUUAUGAAAAGUUAAUCAAAAAUAUUCAAGUUUUAGUUUAAUCCUGUCUUUCUGUUUUUUAUCGUCAAUAUGUGAAAAAAUAUUUAUCUUUAAAUCUGACAAAACUUUCAAGGCACAUCAUUGAGUGUUUAAUCUAAUGAGAAUCGUAAACAAGGAAAUGAAACAAAAUACUCAUGGGUGUCAGUAGUUGUUUCUGAAAUUAGGCACAUAGUUGAACAGCAGAUAAACACAUCCACUUACAAAUAAACUGAUUAUUACUAUUCUGCCGUCCAUACAAGACAAAGUCACUCUUCAGCCGUCACCGACAUCCAGUAAUAAUUCGCCCCACUAUGAAAUAACAUUGUACAUUAGAUUAAUAUAAUUUUAACGGUGUAUAAUUACGAAAUAAAGAAGAUA